AAAACCGGGAGUGAGACCGAUCAAAGGUCGAGUUUCCACAGGUGCGAUGUAAGCAGAGAGCACUCUUUAACUCGACUUGUCUAACGUAUCGUACUAGAUCUCGUUGGGGCGAGGCUUUGACACCAUCUAUAGAAAAUGAGUCAGAAAUGAGCCUCACAGCCUGCGUUCACUGCGUGACUCUCUCAUCGGACGCAUAAGAGCGCACACAAUCCAGUGUGUUUCUCUGGUUAACUUUUCUCGCUUGAUCCGAGUCCCACACAAGACUGACAAUGCCUAAGCCUAUCAAUGUCCGAGUCACCACAAUGGAUGCCGAACUGGAAUUUGCAAUCCAGUCGGUUACAACAGGCAAACAACUCUUUGAGCAGGUGGUUAAGACAGUGGGCUUGCGUGAAGUGUGGUACUUUGGUCUGCAGUACACGGACAACAAAGGCUUUCUUACAUGGCUGAAAUUGGAUAAAAAGGUAUCCUCUCAAGAGGUAAAGCAAGAGAACCCUCUGCAGUUUAAGUUCAGGGCCAAGCACUACCCUGAAGACGUUGGUGAGGAACUGAUUCAGGACAUCACAAAAAAGCUGUUCUUCAUGCAAGUAAAGGAAGCCAUCUUGAGCGAUGAGUUCUACUGCCCUCCAGAGACGGCAGUGUUACUGGCCUCCUAUUCCGUACAAGCCAAGUUAGGAGACAACUCGAGCGAAAUCCACAAAGAUGGGUACUUAGCAUCUGAGCGGUUGCUGCCCCAGAGAGUGUUCGACCAGCACAAACUCUCUAAAGAGCAAUGGGAGGAGAGGAUCCAGAUAUGGCAUGUGGAGCACAGAGGCAUUCCUAAAGAAGAUGCCAUGCUUGAAUAUUUGAAGAUCGCACAGGAUUUGGAGAUGUAUGGCGUCAACUACUUCGACAUCAAGAACAAGAAAGGAACAGACCUGUGGUUGGGAGUGGAUGCUUUGGGACUUAAUAUCUAUGAAAAAGAUGACAGGUUGACGCCAAAGAUUGGAUUUCCAUGGAGUGAAAUAAGGAACGUCUCAUUUAAUGACAAGAAGUUCAUUAUCAAGCCCAUUGACAAAAAGGCCCCAGAAUUUGUGUUCUAUGCAUCGCGCUUGCGCAUUAACAAGCGCAUCCUGCUGUUGUGCAUGGGAAACCAUGAACUUUACAUGCAGCGCAGGAAACCUGACACUAUUGAGGUGCAGCAGAUGAAGGCACAGGCCAGAGAGGAGAAACACCAGAGACAGAUGGAGAGGGCUCAGCUAGAAAAUGAGAAGAAGAAAAGAGAGGCAGUAGAGAAAGAAAAAGAGAUGGUGGAGAAAGAGAAGCAAGAGAUGAUGUUGAAGCUGUACCAGUUUGAGGAGCAAACCAAAAAGGUUGAGAGAGAUCUGCAAGAGCAGUUUGAAAGGGCCCGGAAAUUGGAGGAGGAGAGGAGAAAGGUAGAAGAGGAGGCAGUACGAUUGGAGGCUGAACGACAGGCAGCACUGAUGGCUAAAGAAGAGUUGACCAGGAAAGCUGAAGAUCAGAUGAAAACUCAGGAGCAGCUGGCAGCAGAUCUGGUCGAGUACACAGCAAAGAUUGUCCUGCUAGAGGAAGCCAAGAGAGUAAAGGAAGAGGAAGCCAAUGAAUGGCAGAACAAGGCUAAAGAGGUGCAGGAUGACCUGGUAAAGACCCGUGAGGAGUUGCAGAAUGUAAUGGCGUCCCCUGUGGUUGCCUCCAUGGCUGCACCUAUGGCUGCACCUAUGGCCACUCCUGCCGCUCCGAUGGAGGAACCUUUGGAGAGACUUGAGAAUGAGCACGAUGAUCAUGAAGAGAACAACAGCACCUACAGCGCUGAGCUCCAGGUGGAGGGCAUAGAGGACCACCGUAAUGAGGAGGAGCGCAUCACAGAGGCAGAGAAGAACGAGCGUGUGCAGAAACAGCUCAUGGCCCUGAGCUCUGAGCUGGCCGAGGCCCGAGAUGACACUAAGAAGACUCAGAAUGACAUUCUGCACAAUGAAAAUGUACGAGCCGGGAGGGACAAGUACAAGACGCUUCGUCAGAUCCGAAUGGGCAACACUAAGCAAAGAAUUGAUGAGUUUGAAGCCUUGUAAUGCUGAUAAACCCUCUGAUAAACCUCCAUCAACAGCAGCACUCUGCUCAUCUCCCCCAUUACCGUUCAAUGGUGAAUUUGUCUAAUUAUAACACAUGGUCUCACUUAUUUACAUACUAACUCCAGUAAAAUGUGUACUCGUAUACACACAACACAAGUAACUUGUAUUCUUUUGACCAAAAAAAGUGUGCAUUGUGACCAUUGUCAAACGUAUGUUUACAUUGUCCAAGUGUGCCUUCUACGCUCAAGAUCCUAUUUAUGCUAAUUGUGCCAAAGCUUUUGGCUUGAGAAAUAAUUUAUCUGUUGCCAUCUUUUAUUGAAGCUUUUUGAAAGAUAAUUUAUAUUGUAGUGUGUGUAAUGUUGUAGUGUGGUGACUGCAGCUUCAUGUAGUGCCAUGAACACCAUAACGUCCUAUGAAAACAGAUGGUUUAUAGCUGAAAAGGACAAAUCCAUGAAUCAGCAUGUGCAAAUAUAAUAUGAUGAUAAAUAAUUAUGAUGAACUUAAAUGUGAUAAAGUAGUGGCCAUAACAAACAAGUCAAUGUUUUUUUUUUUUUAUUACAAGUUUUGGAUAAGAAAGCUGCAGAGCAAAUUAGAUUUGUAAAUUUCCAUGUAAAAUAAAAAAAUAUAUGAAAUUGUUUA